ACAUUUUUGAAAGAGAAUUGAACGAGCUUUCCAAUGGUAUGCUACAUGUAUCAAUUGAAAUACAUUUAAUUGUUUUGAAUUUCAGUCAUUUUUCAGCACUUAAUUUUUGGGUUAAAAAUAGUUUGAAAUUGUGUGAAAUUCACAGCAUGUGCUCUAAUUCAAUGAUUACUUUCAUUCUAUGCCAGAAAUUCCGUCAUAAAAACCUUGAAUCGAAAAACAACAAUUUUUUUUCGUGAGGAACAAAAUGGGAGUCUGACAUACCCGGGUUACAGUACCUUAGUGAAAUUUUUGAUAAGUUUUGUUGAUAAAACUUUUUCAGUGUUUUUCAUCGAAUUUUCACAAUUUUUUCACUGUUUGCAGCGUAAUUCGCGUAAUUUUAAUGUUAAAAUGUGCCAUAAAUGCGAUUAAUCGUUCGUAAUCACGUUCAUCAUCGAAUUGGCGAUGUUAAUUUCCACCAAAACGAACUCGUCAGUCCGAAGUGCAUCUUUCAAAUACUCACGAGUACUUACUGCCCAAGUCCAAUGCACCAAUCUGCGAAGAAGAAAUGAUUAAAUCUAGAGAAAGUUGUUUGCGCAAAUGAUUAUCGUGUACAAGUGAAAUUCCACAUCUUAUUGUUUUUUAACGGUUUCGGCUCCUGCGAAGUAUAUUAAAAGUUACCUUGAGGACAGGUUGGCCCGUCUGCGUUAUGAUGUAUGUAAACAAGACUGACUUUCCCUUCAUCAAAGUAUACUUUGAAGAUCGUUAUUAAACAGACGUAGCUGACGGUGCUCGCUGGUCACGAUGUUCGCGUGGAUUUGGCAAAACUUGUUGUAUCUAAAUUUGGUAAAAUGUUUGUUCGUCUUGAUGGCAUUCGGUAUGCUGUGUAUGAGCUUAAUGGUGAACUUCUGCGAACAUUAUUUACCCAUCGUUAUCGUGCAAACGUUUCGUUACGGGAAAUUCUCAUAUACCGGUAAAAAAUCCUUCAUUAAUUACUUCGAAGUGCCGAAAAGCUGGUUCAGGCAUUUUUACGUGAUAGCCAGUUUGUAUUCGUUCGCCAUACUAUAUGUCAUAUUCAACGUCUACGUUCUGCAGUCACCUGUACCGGAAAGUAUUACAAAAUUCUUGGAUUUCGCCGGAUCUCCGGAUAGAAUCGUCAGUGUGAACUUGACCACCGCUAUCGUAGCUCUAUCUUUGCUAUGUAUUCAAAUAUGGAGACGAUUAUUCGAAACACUGCACGUUAGUGUGUUCUCAGAUUGUAAAAUCAACGCUGUUCAUUACGUCGUCGGAAUCAUUCAUUAUCUAGGAGCUCUAACAGCCAUACUAAUGGAAUCGCCGGCGUUCGCUGCGCCAUCGUUCAAGCAUCGGGUAUCCUUCGCCGUGGAAGACAUUACGAUGAAUUUGGUCGUAGGAAGUGUGAUAUUUUGCUGGGCAUGGUACCAUCAGUUCAAAACUGCCAUUAUUUUAGCCAAUUUACGUAAAGACUCGACCGGCUCAGUUGUCUCGUACGAUCACAAGUUACCAAUCGGCGGUUUAUUUCAUCGAUUAUCAGCUCCUCAUAUGUUCUGCGAGAUGCUAAUGUAUUUAGCGUUGAAUAUCAUCCUAUGGGGUCAUUCAACUUGGCCGUAUGUGUUCUUAUGGGUAUUUGUUAACCAAUGCGAGACUGCUUUGUUGAGCCACUGGUGGUAUAAGUCGAAAUUCAAAGCUUAUCCGAAGAAGAGGAAGGCUUUUCUACCAUUUAUUCUGUAAUAUCAUUCGCCCAAACACCUGAAUGCACUUUAUUUAUAUUCGGUUCCUGUUAGAACUUUCACCGGGGGAGUGAUUUUUUCUAAUAAAUCUGGUCAUAAUAAUCAAAAAAAAUUUUCUACACGUUCUAUUAAGUUAUUAUGGUAUUUUGUAAUGUUAUCGAUUAAAUUUAUUUUUCGUUGCA